UCGCUUCGGGAGCGGUGGGUGGGGUAGGGCAGGGCGGGCGGCGGGCGCGGCCGGGGGGUGAGUGGUUGAGGGGCGUGAUGGGCGAGGCGGCCGUGGCCGCAGGGCCUUGCCCGCUGCGCGAGGACAGCUUCACGCGCUUCUCGUCGCAGAGCAAUGUGUACGGGCUGGCGGGCGGCGCUGGCGGGCGCGGGGAGCUGCUGGCCGCCACCCUUAAAGGCAAGGUGCUGGGCUUCCGCUACCAAGACCUCCGACAGAAAAUCCGGCCCGUGGCCAAGGAGCUGCAGUUCAACUACAUUCCCGUGGACGCGGAGAUUGUCUCCAUCGACACCUUCAACAAGUCACCCCCAAAGCGGGGCCUGGUGGUGGGGAUCACGUUCAUCAAGGAUUCAGGGGACAAGGGCAGCCCCUUCCUGAACAUUUACUGCGACUACGAGCCUGGCUCUGAGUACAACCUUGACUCCAUAGCCCAGAGCUGCCUGAACCUGGAGCUUCAGUUCACUCCUUUCCAGCUGUGCCAUGCAGAGGUCCAGGUCGGGAAUCAACUGGAGACAGUGUUUCUCCUGAGUGGGAAUGACCCGGCCAUUCAUCUGUACAAGGAGAACGAGGGGCUGCAUCAGUUUGAAGAACAGCCUGUGGAAAACCUCUUCCCAGAACUCACGAACCUGACCAGUAGCGUCCUCUGGCUUGACGUCCACAACCUCCCUGGCACGUCCCGGCGACUCUCCGCCCUCGGCUGUCAGAGUGGUUAUGUCCGAGUUGCCCACGUGGACCAGCGAAGCCAAGAGAUCCUGCAGACAUGGACGAUCCUGCAGGAUGGCCCCAUCUCCCGAGUGAUCGUGUUCAGCCUCUCGGCCCCUGAGGCUUCGGGUCUUCGUCCUGUCGCGGAGCGGGGGUGUGAGGAGGAGCCUGGAGCCUGUCGCCUCAGGCCCUGCCCCCCUCGUGUCCCUUCUGCAGAGACCGUGGACAGGCCACAGCAGGAAGAGUACGGCGUGCUUGUAGCCAGCAUGUUGGAGCCCGCAGUGGUGUAUCGGGACCUGCUGAGCCGGGGCCUCGAGGACCAGCUUCUCCUGCCCGGCAGUGACCAGUUUGACAGCGUCCUCUGUGGCCUGGUCACCGAUGUGGACCUGGAUGGGUGGCCCGAAGUCCUGGUGGCCACCUAUGGGCAGGAGCUGCUCUGUUACAAGUACUUCGGCCCGGAGUCCGGGCUCCCGGAGGCCGAGCGCGGAUUCCGCCUGCUGUGGCGGCGAGGCUUCUCCAGCCCGCUGCUGGCCAUGGCACACGUGGACCUGACUGGGGAUGGGCUGCAGGAGCUCGCCGUGGUCUCCCUGAAGGGCGUGCACAUCCUGCAGCACAGCCUGGUCCAGGCGUCGGAGCUGGUCCUGACCCGGCUUCGGCAUCAAGUACAGCAGAGGAGACAUCAGUCGCAGAGGCCUGGGGACAGGGCUGGUUUGGGGCCCACUGAGACCUCGGCCUCCUGAGCUCCCACCCACUGCCCGCCCCGGGCCCAGGGGCAGUUCACUGGAGUAAUCGCCUCUAGCCAUUCAUGGUGGGGAAGCCUCCUGAAGGAGGGGAUGGUCUCCCCAGGCCCCCCAGGAUGGUGGAGCUGGGAGUUCCUGCUCAGGCUCUGCCCCAUUGUGCCCUGCAACUCUGGCUGACGCACCCCUGUCUCGUACCUCAGUGUCCCCGUUUGAAAAUGGGAUGAUCUCACCCGACCCCCCCCUUCCACCCCCAGUGAGAAUUGGUCAGCCAAUGAUUAUUUAUAUGUCCAGAGGAAGCAGACUUUGACUUG